AUGAGCCAAUUUCUGACACCUCUAAAAUCAACAAAGGAACUUUUCAAAGGAACGGUUGUUCAUUCCAUCGACUACCGAAAUGCUUGGGACUGGAAGACGAAGCAUGGCCUUAUUGUAGGCUCAGCCAACACAGGAACGGGAUCUCUUCUGGAUGCUCCAAACUCAAUCACUCAAGCUAACUUUUUACCAGCCCAUGAUAUAGCUGAGGACAUGCUGGAUGCUGGCCUGUCCUCGGUGACGAUGAUUCAGAGGGGUGAAACAGACUUUCUCAGCUGUUCUCCCGCACGAACAUUUACAGACAUCAAUGUCAAGUAUUCCCCUCCCUCUCUCAAUGUCGGCCCAACUUUACCCGAUAUAGAUUACUCAUAUGAUGUAGGGUUAUACAAUGCGGACACUCCGACACCAAUCGCAGACCAGAUGCGGUUCGCUGUACCUCGGGCCGUCCGAGGAUUGUUACGCAACAAAGCUCUUGCUGGCAAGGAUACCGGGCGCUAUGAUAGCUUGGAAAAAGCUGGUUUCAAGAGAAAACAGCCAGGAACAAAGGGGCCUUUUCGCGGUCGCUAUGUGGAUGUUGGAACCUCAGCGAAGAUUGCCAAAGGAUUAAUCAAAAUCAAAUCGGGCAGCUUCCCUGUCGCGUAUACGGAAAGUGGCCUCGAGUUCUCAGAUGGAACGCAUCUCAAUGCUGACGUGAUUGUCUUUGCAACUGGCUACAAAUUCAACAUACUGGAAAUUGUGCUGGCAAUAUUCGGCUCGGAUAUCCAUCAUCAGGUUGAUCAUCUUUGGGGCCUUGGGAGUGAAGAUGAUUUGAAUGGCGCCUAUCAGCCAACUGGUCGUAAGUCUCUACACCGUUUCUCAACCUUUACUAACGCUAAUAAAUUAUUAGAUCCAGGGCUAUGGACUGCUGGAGGCAAUAUGGGCCAAACUAGAUAUUACUCGCGGUUUUUGGCUCUUCAGAUUAAAGCGGCUGUUCUUGGGACACCCCUCCCCAUCGACUUCGAAAGCUCUCACUGCUAG